AUGAACUCCUGCCUGCGAUCCCUUAUCCUUUUGGUCGCCUGCCUGCUGGCCCUCGCCCUCGCCUCGCCAAUCCACAGCAUUUGGGCCAAUCUGCCCCAGCACGAGGAGAAGCGCAGCUACUACGGCGCCUUCCAGCACGUGCCCGGAUACGCUGAGGACGACCGGGACAAGAAGAACAUGAUGUGCGUCAAGCCAUGCCGUUUCCAUAAAAACCAACAAUUUUCGAACUAUGACGGCUGGGAGAUUGCUGUCUGGGACUACGUGUGGGCGCGAAAGGACCGGAAGCAGUCCUCGUGCAACCUGGCUUUUCCAAAAAACUUCCACCAGCGGGGUUGCACGCAGUUCGCCAAGUAUUUUACGAGAAAUGGUGAAGAUAAGUUUUUCAUCAAGAUUGGCAUGAAGCUGGAGGAUGGGACGGCCAAAACGGUAUGUCUGCGCCCGAUUGGCAAAUCUAUGCAGCGUUACCGGAAGGCAAUCGGCGAACUGCACCUGACGCCCCACCUCGCGAAACCGUACUGCCACUUCGAGUUCAGAUACCAGGCCAACGAUGAGGCAUGGCAGGAGCAGAAGGUCGAGUGUGAAGAGACGAGGUGUACCCCGGGGGAAUGG